GUUUAAAGUUUACUUUCACUUUCUCUGAAGGAGUGUCGCAGUUGGUUUUUGGCGUCUCUCGAGCUGAAGAUCAAAGUGUGUGUGAGCUGAUGUGGAUGUGAGUUCAGCAGCAUGAGUCAGUGUGAGGACAGAGAGGAGGGAGCCCCUCCCUCUAAAAUGACUCAGUGGGGACCUGGACCUGGACCUGAACCUGGACCUGAACCUGGACCCAGCUGUGUGUCCUUCAAGAGCGACUGUUCAAAAGACAUCUUCACUGACUUUAAAGAAAGACAUUCAUGUGACAAAAAAGUGGACCAGGAAAGCUCAGAGGUUCCCAGUGGUGAGUCUGCCCAGCAGCAACAAACAGACCUGGACUCCAUAUUUAUGCUGCUGGAGGACAACAUUGUCACUUUUGUGAAGAACGAGCUGAGGAAGAUCCAGAAGGGUCUGAGUUCAGAUUACCAAGAAUGCUCAGAGAGUCAGAGGCAGAAUGAGGAGGUGUUGGACGGUGAGGAUGAAGAACAGAGGAAGAGCAGCAGAGAGGCAUUUCUGAAGAUCACAGUGCACUUCCUGAGGAGAAUGAAGCAGGAGGAGCUGGCUGACCGUCUGCAGAGCAGAAGUGAGUCUGAUUGUUACCGUAAACUUAAAUCCAACCUGAAGGAGAAGUUCCAGUGUGUGUUUGAGGGGAUUGCUAAAGCAGGAAACCCAACCUUUCUGAACCAGAUCUACACAGAGCUCUACAUCACAGAGGGAGGCACUGCAGAGGUCAAUGAUGAACAUGAGGUCAGACAGAUUGAAACAGCAUUCAGGAAACCAGACAGACCAGAAACAACAAUCAGACAAGAAGACAUCUUUAAACCCUCACCUGCAAGAGAUCGACCAAUCAGAACAGUGAUAACAAAGGGAGUGGCUGGCAUUGGGAAAACAGUCUUAACACAGAAGUUCACUCUGGACUGGGCUGAAGACAAAGCCAACCAGGACAUACAGUUCACAUUUCCAUUCACUUUCAGAGAGCUGAAUGUGCUGAAAGACAAGAAGUUCAGUUUGGUGGAACUUGUUCAUCUCUUCUUUACUGAAACCAAAGAAGCAGGAAUCUGCAGGUUUGAAGAGUUCCAGGUUGUGUUCAUCUUUGAUGGUCUGGAUGAGUGUCGACUUCCUCUGGACUUCCACAACACUGAGAUCCUGACUGAUGUUACAGAGUCCACCUCAGUGGAUGUGCUGCUGACAAACCUCAUCAGGGGGAACUUGCUUCCCUCUGCUCGCCUCUGGAUAACCACACGACCUGCAGCAGCCAAUCAGAUCCCUCCUGCGUGUGUUGACAUGGUGACAGAGGUCAGAGGGUUCACUGACCCACAGAAGGAGGAGUACUUCAGGAAGAGGUUCAGAGAUCAGGAGCAUGCCAGCAGAAUCACCUCCCACAUCAAGACAUCACGAAGCCUCCACAUCAUGUGCCACAUCCCUGUCUUCUGCUGGAUCACUGCUACAGUUCUGGAGGAUGUGUUGAAGACCAGAAAGAGAGGAGAGCUGCCCAAGACCCUGACUGAAAUGUACAUCCACUUCCUGGUGGUUCAGACCAAAGUGAAGAACAUCAAGUAUGACGGAGGAGCUGAGACAGAUCCACACUGGAGUCCAGAGACAAGGAAGAUGAUUGAGUCUCUGGGAAAACUGGCUUUUGAGGAGCUGCAGAAAGGCAACCUGAUCUUCUAUGAAUCAGACCUGAAAGAUUGUGGCAUCGAUAUCAGAGCAGCCUCAGUAUACUCAGGAGUGUUCACACAGAUCUUUAUAGAGGAGAGAGGACUGUACCAGGACAAGGUCUUUUGCUUCAUCCAUCUGAGUGUUCAGGAGUUUCUGGCUGCUCUUCAUGUCCAUCUGACAUUCAUCAACUCUGGAGUCAAUCUGCUGGCAGAAGAACAAUCAACCUCCCAGAAGUCUGAAACAAGAAAAGAUGAAUCUGCAGAGACACAGUUCUACCAGAGUGCUGUGGACAAGGCCUUACAGAGUCCAAAUGGAUACCUGGACUUGUUCCUUCGCUUCUUCCUGGGACUGACACUUCAGACCAAUCAGUCUCUCCUACGAGGUCUGCUGCCACAGACAGGAAAUAGCUCAAAAAACAACCAGGAAACAGUCUGGUACAUCAAGAAGAAGGUUGAGGCAGAUCUGUCUCCAGAGAGAAGCAUAAAUCUGUUCCACUGCUUGAAUGAAUUGAAGGAUUGUUCUCUAUUUGAGAAGAUCCAACGAUACCUUAGUUCAGGACAUUUCUCCACAGAUAAACUGACUCCUGCUCAGUGGUCAGCUCUGAUCUUCAUCUUACUGUCAUCAGAAAAAGAUCUGGACUUGUUUGACCUGAAGAAAUACUUUGCUUCAGAGGAGGCUUUUCUGAGGCUGCUGCCAGUGGUCAAAGCCUCCAACAAAGCUCUACUGAGUGGCUGUAACCUCUCAGAGAGAAGCUGUGAAGCUCUGUCCUCAGUUCUCAGCUCCCAGUCAUCUAGUCUGAGAGAGCUGGACCUGAGUAACAACAACCUGCAGGAUUCAGGAGUGAAGCUUCUCUUAGUUGGAUUAGAGAAUCCACACUGCAAACUGGGAGCUCUCAGACUGAGUGGCUGUAACCUCUCAGAGAGAAGCUGUGAAGCUCUGUCCUCAGUUCUCAGCUCCCAGUCCUCUAGUCUGAGAGAGCUGGACCUGAGUAACAACAACCUGCAGGAUUCAGGAGUGAAGCUUCUGUCUGCUGGACUGGAGAGUCUACAAUGUACACUGGAAACUCUCAGGCUGUCAGGCUGUCUGAUCACAGAGGAAGGCUGUGCUUCUCUGGCCUCAGCUCUGAGCUCCAACCCCUCCCAUCUGAGAGAGCUGGACCUGAGCUACAAUCAUCCAGGAGACUCAGGAGUAAAGAUACUGUCUGCUGCACUGGAGGAUCCACAGUUGAGACUGGACACUCUCAGGGUGGAGCCUGCUGGAGUCCGAUGGUUGAGACCAGGUCUGAUGAAGUAUUCCUGUGAACUCACAGUCGACACAAACACAGUGAACAGAAAGAUCAAACUUUCUGACAACAACAGGAAGGUGAUUUAUGUGGAGGAGGAUCAGUCAUAUCCUGAUCAUCCAGACAGAUUUGACCGCUGGCCUCAGCUGCUGUGUACAAAUGGUCUGACUGGUCGCUGUUACUGGGAGGUCGAGUGGAGUGGCGAGGUUUUCAUAUCAGUGAGUUACAGAGGAAUCAGCAGGAGUGGAAACAGUGCUGUCUUUAGGCUUGGAGGGAAUAAUCAGUCCUGGAAUCUUGAGUGCUCUGUUGUUAGUGGUUACUGUAUCUCUCACAAUAAGAGAGUGAUCUCCAUCUCCUCCACCUCCUCCUCCUCUGGUAGAGUAGCAGUGUAUCUGGACUAUCCUGCUGGAACUCUGUCCUUCUACAGAGUCUCCUCUGACACACUGAUCCACCUCCACACCUUCAACACCACAUUCACUGAACCUCUUUAUCCUGGAUGUGGGUUUAGGCUUUUGAAUGAUUCGUUUGUGUCUUUUUGUUAAGAACUGCUGUGUUUGGGCCCAGAACUGCCCUCAUCAGUCAGGUUCAGGUUGGUUCUGAUAGAAUGAAAAUGUUAUAUGUCUUCAACUUCUUCUGGGGUCUCUUGCUUCUAUAGAAAGGAGGGUUAGGGGAACGUUUACAUCUUUCUGCCCUAGCACGUAAUGUCUUAAUUCAUUAAGCACACAGUUGAUGUAUAAUGUCUGAAAUCUUUCCUUUUAAAUCUCAAAGGAUAGGUCAACUUUUCUAUUGAAUGUAUUUCCUGAACAAUAGUAAGACAGAGCAUCCUAACAAGCGUUAAUUAUAAUAUUCAGUUUUAUGUGCAAGGCGCAGUGCGUUAGUGUUUUUCCACAUGGCCAAAUGAAAAGUUUACUUCUUUGUCCCCUCUUCAGGACAGAGGGAAAAGUUCAGUUCCACACAGAGAGGCAAUUCAUGGCAAUUCAAGUAUAAAUUAUUACUUAUUACUAAUAAUCAUUUUAGUUACUGUUAAAUUUCUUGGGGCAGGAGCACGUUUAACGCUCACAAAAGUGCUUUUGAAAGAAAAUAAAUAAAACAGUCAACACGGGCAUAAAAAGUAAGUAUAGAAUAUUUGGAUAAAAUCAUAACAGCAUUGACAGUAAAAUAAAAAAAUAAAAUAAAAAAUUGGUUUGUGAGGUGAGACUUAAGAAAAGAGAACGUUUUUUUGAUUCUAGCCAUCCUAUAACCUGUUCCAUUUUAAGUGGAAACCUCUUUUAUCUGAUUGUAUUUACUAUUUAUCUAUUGAUACUUAUUAUUGUAUUCUUGUUGUUUCGUGUUGUUUACAGUAAUUUAGGUGUUUGUAUUGUUUAAUAUGUAUUAUUGUUCCUUCUUUGUGUAAUAAGGUCAAAUAAAGUUACUGUAAAGAAUAAAGAGAAAAGAUAAAAA